AUGGCCCCAGGCGUCGGGCGACACGACGAUGGGGAGUUUGACCACUCCCAGAACGACGAGCUGCGUAUGUGCGGGAUGGCCGGAGAUGAUGAGGAUGAUGAUGUCCGCGAGGACACUGCCUUGCUCUUCGGCCGUUCUGCUGCUGAUCCCCUUCCCGUCGACGACUCCGACCCCCCAGUCGACGUGGCUGAUGCCGACGGUGGCCAGAGGGACGUGGCUGAUGCCAACGCUGUGCUGAGUUCAUUGAGGGGAAGAAGGGCGACAGCUAUGGCGCCGUCGUAG